UCCGCUCCUUUCGUAAAACGAUUUUAUUUUUUUAUUUUUUGAAGGAUGAUCCCGGUGACUCCUCCGAGCUGCUUUGCUUCUUCUCGUGUUUGGUUGCCGUUUUCCCUCUUCGGCGAGAUGGUCGUUUUGGCUGCGAGCUCCAAGUCGUAAAGGACCUUUUCUCAAUGGAUGGAAUGAUACGUUACCUAUAUAUACCCGUCGUUGUUAAUGAAAUGCAUUCUCUUAUUCCGUUCCCAGGCUUGGAAUUGCUGUAGCUUUUAUGCCCGAGGGAGACUCUGGACGUGUGGCUUCCUUGCUGCCUUUUAUUCCCUCCCCCCGCCCCCCAGCGAUGUCCCACAAUGUUCUCUAACGUAGCCCUACUCAAGCGACCCAGAUAAAACCUUUGAUCAGCUCUUGCUGCAUUGGUAGAAAUGCCUAGUGAUGUGGGGAAAGCUUUGCUCGGCUGCGUAAACAAACUUAAGAAAAAGUGUAGAAACUUCAGGGGCAGAGAUUGUAUAAAUAAAUUGGCUUCUAUUGACGGUAUCCACGUCCACAGGAUCCAAAUUGUGAGAGAUAGUACGAUUUGAUUUGAAAAAGACUAUUUCUAUUAAUGAAAAGAGAUCAGGCGAGCCUGGCUUUCCAAUCAAAUUGAGUUUGUUGCCAACAUUUAAUUAGGGUACUUGGAGAGUGUUUUGGCAAUGACCAUUCGCCGUUUAUUAUUGCCAAGAAUGUGUUUUUUUUACCGCUAAUACAUAUAUAAGCUUUCUUACAAUUUCCUGAAAUGAUGCCCAGAUUUUGAUAUUUUUGAAAACAUAUCUGGGGUUGGGUGGCUGCUGCCGAUUUAACAUUUGCACUUAAUAAUGUAGACUAGCAAGAGGGUAAACUUAAAUCAUGGAGGGAAAAAAGAAGACUGUUACUCUUGAUGGAAAAAGAGCGAUCACGUGGGAAAUCUCUGAUUCUGAAGAUGACAGUGAUGUUAAACAAGAAUCCUCGACUGCUUUUGCGAAUUAUUCAGAUGUUGGAGCUCGCGGUUGCUCAGACAAAGAAAAAUUAGAGACGAGCAUGGCUCCUCUUGAAGCAAAAGCAGUUCCUUUGCUUAUACCAUUGACACCAACCGUAUCCUGUAAUUCAAGGCCUGAGGAAAAAAAGAAAAAGCAGUCCCUGGAAAAAAGCAAGACGGCCCAGAUAAAAACAGAAGGAAAAAAGAAGAGCAUGCACAAAAAAGAAGAGAAAAUGAAGAUAAAGCAGCAGAUUGCUGCCGAGAAAGAGAGACGGAAAGAAGCUGCUGCUGCCUUGAAAUUCCUUCGGCCUGAUCAAUGCAUGAAGCAAAUGAUUGUCUGUGUGGAUUCAGGUAGUCUUCUAGAACACCCUGGCUCUGAUAUCUUGCUGGAAGUUUUGGAUUCUUUGGACUGUGAAUACCAUAUUGAGCAUCAGAUCAUUCCACACAGCAUAACCUGGAAGAGAAAAGUCUUCAGCAGUACGUCUGGUUCAGACGGUUGUCAAGAAGAGAUUGCAGUGGAAAGGGAGGUCCUGCUAGUGAUGCAGCCUUCAUACUUCCUCAGACAACUUUCGUCAUCAAUGCAGAAUGCAAGUCCUGAUGGCCAGCAGGGUGUACCAGAUCUUAUUCAUCUGUGUCCCUUUCAAAAUUUGAAAGACCCUUCUAUAAUACCUUACAGCGUGGUUGUCAUUGGACUAAACACCUACCAAUGGUAUCAUCAGCUUCCGCAAGAAGAACCAAUCCCUGGACUGGAGAAUGAAACAUUACAGCUUGGUCCAGAACAAUCCAUGACACGGCAUCAAAUUGAAGAGGCUCUCGUGGUGUUGCAACUCCAGGGUAACAUCAAUGUCCUGUUCCUGGAGACGUGGCAGGAAUUGGCCCAGCAUGUUUCCGGAGUGACCAGAGCUGCAGCUCAGCGUCCUUAUAAGAAACACCAGGAAAAGCAGCCUUUCUCCUUCUGCGCCAAAGGCAAGUGGGCCAGUGGUGUGCAUGUUGGCAAAGACGGGAAAGGGCUCCAAGAGACCUGGCGGAAACAGAUCCAGCAGUUCAACCGAGUCAGUCCAGCCAUGGCAACAGCUAUUGCCCAAGCCUACCCUUCGCCAAGUCUGCUGCUGCGGGCCUACCAAGAAUGCAAUACAGAGGCAGAAAGACGACUUCUCCUAAGCAACCUCCAGGUCACAACUGAGGACAAUAAAACGGAGAGACGGAUCGGCCCAGACCUGUCUCGACGGGUCUACCUUUUCAUGGUAUCUACAAAUCCAGAGCUUGUCCUAGAUUUAAGUUGUUGAAGCACCUUGCUGUGCUGUUCUGACCACUGGGUCAUAGCUCCUUAGCCUUAUAACCUACUGCCGAAGCUAUAGGAUUUAUUGCAGAAACUGAGUUUGGCAAAAGCAAUAAAUGUCUUCGUGCACAAAUGCUAUCAA